GGAGUUUGCCACGAGCGCGUCCCCUUCAUUCGCAGUCUGGACGCGUUCUCAGCAGGAUCGCAGAGACCCGGCGCUCCUCGCCCCUAGAGCCUGUGGUCCUGGGAGCACGUCCCCUAGUCCCUCGGCGUCCCAGCGGUCCCAGGAAGGCGCUAGCCAGCGGGAAUAGGAGAGCCACUGAGCCAUGGGCGCAGGCAGUUCCACCGAGCAGCGGAGCCCCGAGCAGCCGGCGGAGAGCGACACGCCGGGCGAGCUAGAGCUCAGUGGCCACGGACCCGCAGCGGAAGAGCCGGGAGCAGCAGGAGAACCCGCCGACGCGGACCCCGCCACCAAGCUCCUACAGAAGAAUGGCCAGCUGUCUGCUGUCAAUGGCGUAGCUGAACAAGGAGAUGUCCAUGUCCAAGAGGGAAACCAGGAUGGGCAGGAGGAAGAAGUCAUUGUCGAAGACGUUGGACAGAGAGAGUCAGAAGAUGUGAGGGAAAAAGACCGAGCUAAAGAAAUGGCUGUCAACUCUGCAGUUGUUGAAGACAUCACAAAGGAUGGGCAGGAAGAAACACCUGAAAUAAUCGAACAGAUCCCUGCUUCGGAAAGCAAUGUAGAAGAAAUGCCGCAGCCUGCAGAGUCCCAGGCGAAUGAUGUUGGCUUUAAGAAGGUAUUUAAGUUUGUUGGCUUUAAAUUCACCGUGAAAAAGGAUAAAAAUGAGAAAUCUGAUACUGUCCAGCUCCUCACUGUCAAAAAGGAUGAAGGCGAAGGGGCAGAAGCCACCGUUGGAGCCGGAGACCACCAGGAGCCCGGCCUGGAGACCGGAGAGUCCGCACCCAAAGAAAGUGAGCUGAAGCAAUCCACAGAGAAGCCCGAGGACUCCCCGAAGCAGGCAGAGAGCAGCACGGAGGAAACUCCCCUUCAGGCUGAAUCUGGUCAAGUGGCCGGGGGAGAAGCCAAAGAUGGAGGAGAUGAAAAACAAGAGAAAGAACCCACCAAAUCCGCAGAAUCUCCAACCAGUCCCGUCAGCGUCGAGACAACAUCUUCCUUCAAGAAAUUCUUCACUCACGGUUGGGCCGGCUGGCGCAAAAAGACCAGCUUCAAGAAGCCGAAGGAGGACGAGCCGGAGACUUCUGAGAAGAAGGAGCAAGAGGCAGAAGCAGUCGACGAGGAAGAAGGCGGCAAGACAGAAGGUUCUUCUGGGCAGGCCCCAGCGUCCGAGCAGCAGGAGCCCGAGGGAGGCACAAAUCAGGCCAGGCUGUCCGCAGACUACGAGAAGGUGGAGCUGCCCUUGGAAGAUGCGAUCGGUGGCCCGGAGGAGAAGUGUGCUCCAUUGGCAACGGAGGUGUUUGAUGAGAAAGCGGAAGCCCAACAAGAAGUUGUUGCAGAAGUCCACAUGAGCACCGUAGAGAAGAUGGCGGAGGAGCAGGAGGCGGGGGAAGAGGCCGAAGUCGAUGUAAAAGAGGCGGGGGAAUCCUUGCCCCCUGAAAAACUGGCCGAGACCAAGGAGGCCCCCCAGGAAGCCGAGCCUGCCGAGGAGCUGGUGAAGAGCAAAGAAGUGUGUGUCUCCGGAGGUGACCAUACACAGCUGACAGACCUAAGUCCCGAUGAGAAGACGUUGCCCAAGCACCCGGAAGGCAUUGUCAGUGAGGCGGAGAUGCUGUCCUCCCAGGAGAGGAUCAAGGUUCAGGGGAGCCCUUUGAAGAAACUCUUCAGUAGCUCUGGCUUAAAGAAGCUCUCUGGGAAGAAGCAGAAGGGGAAGCGAGGGGGCGGAGGAGACGAAGAGUCAGGAGAACACCAACAGGUUCAGACCGAGUCCCCAGAGAGCGCGGAUGAGCAAAAGGGGGAGAGCUCUGCCUCCUCCCCAGAAGAGCAGGAGGAGAUCACGUGUCUGGAGAAAGGGCUGUCGGAAGCCCACCAGGAGGGAGAGGCCGAGGAGGGGGCCACGUCUGAUGGAGAGAGAAAAAGGGAAGGAAUCACUCCCUGGGCAUCUUUUAAGAAGAUGGUGACACCGAAGAAACGGGUCCGAAGGCCCUCUGAGAGCGACAAGGAGGAAGAAGUGGACAAGCUCAAGAGUGCCACGCUGUCCUCCACGGAGAGCACAGUGUCAGAGGUGCAGGAAGAAGUCAAAGCCGUUGGGGAGGAGCAAAAGCCAGAGGAGCCGAAGCGCAAGGUGGACACCUCUGUGUCGUGGGAGGCGCUGAUUUGCGUGGGGUCAUCCAAGAAAAGAGCGAGGAAGGCGUCGUCAUCAGACGACGAAGUGGGAGGGGACGGCCACAGAGUGGAAGAGGCCAGCAAGGACAAAGAAGCUGGGGCAGAUGCUGUCCCUGCCCCCACCCAGGAACACGACCAAGCGCAGGGAAGUUCCUCCCCCGAGCCGGCUGGAAGUCCUUCUGAAGGGGAAGGUGUCUCCACCUGGGAGUCGUUUAAAAGAUUAGUCACUCCCAGAAAAAAGUCCAAGACGAAGCUAGAAGAGAAAACGGAAGACUGCGGAGCAGAGCAACUGGCUUCCGACGUUGAGCCGAGCAAAGAAGAAUCCUGGGUUUCCAUUAAGAAGUUUAUCCCUGGACGGCGGAAGAAAAGGCCCGAUGGGAAGCAAGAACAAGCCACCGCUGAAGACAUGGCGUCGACAGAAGUCAACGAGGAUGACCCCGACGUCCCGGCCGUCGUGCCUCUGUCCGAGUAUGACGCGGUGGAAAGGGAGAAGAUGGCAGCGCAGCAGGCUCAGGAGCGUGAGGAAGGACCCCAGCUACAGGGGGCCGUGUACGUGUCUGAGGAGCUUAGCAAGACGCUGGUUCACACCGUCAGUGUGGCUGUCGUUGACGGGACCAGGGCAGUCACCUGUGCCGAAGAGCGGUCUCCUUCUUGGAUAUCCGCUUCCGUGACAGAACCUCUUGAACAGGCCGAAGGCGAAGCCACGCCCUCCACUGAGGAGGUCACCGAAAGAGAAGUCACUGCAAAAGAAACCCCCAUGGUCACCCAGACCUUGCCAGAGGGCAACGAUACCCACCAUGACACAGUUGUCAGUGAGGUGGAAUUCACUUCGGAAGCUGUGACAGCUGCAGAGACCGCAGAGGCUCUCCAUGCUGAAGAGGUCACCGAAGCUUCAGGGGCAGAAGAGACCACAGACAUGGUGUCAGCGGUUUCCCAACUAACCGACUCUCCAGACACCACAGAGGAAGCCACCCCGGUCCAGGAGGUAGAGGGUGGUGUGCCAGACAGAGAAGAGCAGGAGCGGCAGACACAAGCCGUCCUCCAGGUAGUCGCAGAAAAGGUAAAAGGGGAGCCACAGGAGCCUGCCCCCCAGACUGUGCAGAGAGCGGGGCCGAAAGCUCUGGAGAAAGUGGAGGAGGUAGAAGAGGAUUCCGAAGUGCUAGCUGUGGAGAGAGAGGGGGACGUCGUCACGCUGGAAGAGCCCGUGCAGGGACGUGAAGCUGAGCAUUGUGCGUGGGGCUCUGAGAUUGGACAGGGUACUCCAGAUAGCCUCAAAGCAGUUCCCGAAGUCACGGCGGGCAUGGAGUUGGAGGAGCCGGUCACCACUUGCCAGGCUAUAGAGCCCCAGCAGCUGAUGGAUCAAGCUGUAGCCCUGGAGUCAUCUGAAACCCUGACAGACAGUGAGACAAAUGGAAGCACUCCCCUAGCAGAUUCCGACCACACUCCAGAUGCCACCCAGCAAGACACGGCCGUCGGAAGCCAGGACAGUGAAGCCACUGCAGCUGACAGACAGUCACAGGACACAGAGGCAGAAGCAGCUCCUGCUCAGAAGGAGGAACCUUCAGUGCCGCCCCAUUUUCCACCCCAGGAAGAACCCGGGGAAACACCAGGAAGAGAUGUUCUAGAACCAGUGCAGCGAGAGUUUGCUGUGGAAGCAGCGCCCGUCCUAGCAAACACCGAGGUGGGUCAAGAGGCGGGCCACCCUGAUGGCGAAAGAGUCAAAGACGAAGUCUGUGUGGAGGGACUGGAGGUGUCCGUGCAGGCAGAUGGACCCGACAGUCUAGAAACGGUUGCUGAGGUGACACAUGAUGGUGAGGGGAUGGCUGGAGAGCCUGAAUGUCAGGAGGAGGAGAGUGCGGGGGCGCGGAGCCCAGAGGAGAGAGAGGUGGCAGCUGAUGUUGAGAAGGAGAAAAUGGAAACAGAGCCAGAGCAAGCUAGUGAAGACCCUGAGAGGAGGGCAGCGUCUCCUGAGCGUGAAGAAGCCCACCCGCAGCCCAUCCAGACCGCUGAUGCUUCCGACUCAGAGAGGGGAGAGGAAGUGAGCAGCCUUGAGGGAAGCUCUUCUCUCCCAGACCAAGAUAAGGCAGGUUGCAUAGAGGAUCAGGUUCAAAGCUCGGACCCACCGGUAGCCCCAACAGCCGUAUCCGUGAGGGAGGUUGCAGAGACUGUCAAGGCUUCGGAAACAGAUGAAAGUUUGGAGUGUGCGGGUGCACACUUAAUACUAGCAGAGAAGUCCUCCGAAAAGGGUGACCCCUGGACUUGUCAGCAUGGAGAGGACACUGUGCCCUCGGGCCCCGAGUCGAAGGCAGAGUCAGUCCCGGUAAUAGCAUCACCGACUCCCGAAAACACCCUACAUUCUGACCUGCAGGGAGAGACAGGCGCAUCCCAGAAACAGAGAUCAGAUGACGAAGAUGACGGGCAGGUUGGUUCUCCCGAUGGCAGCGAGAGUACAGCAAGGGAGGGAGGCCUCGAGGCUGAAGCUGAGAUCUUGGAGCUCCAGAGUGAGAGCACUAAGCUUGUCGAGAACAUCAUCCAGACAGCCGUGGACCAGUUCGCUCGUACGGAAACAGUCCCCACAGCCAGUGCUCCUGAUCUGCAGACCCAGGUUCCGCUGAUGCAGGCUGACAGCCAGGGAGCUCAACAGAUGCCGGACAAAGAAGAAAGCCAACAUCAAGUCUCCGCCCAAGAGGAAGCCGUGACUGCUGCAGCCCAAGACGGACUUGCCCUGUCUGAUAUUCCCGAAGGCACGAGGGAGCCUUCAGAAAAGGUCAAUGUGCUUGCAGUGGAAAGUGCCAGUGUCAAAGACCAGCAGUGCGAGCAGGUGAUUGCCCCGCUCGGGGCAGAGGGAGAUGGAAGCGGGAAACCCGUGCCAGGUGACGAUUGUGCCAAAUUAGGAGAAAGUGUAGAGAAGCUGCCACCUGAAUCCAAAGAUCCAAAGGGGCACGCCGCUGACGGCCCCCAACACCAAAGCUCAGCCCAGGCAGAGGUGGAUGCCGCGGGAAACCCAGCCAAAGAGUCUCCAGACGCCAAUGGACCAAAGCUAACAGAGGAGGGAGAUGCCCAGGAAGUAGGGAUUCGGGAAGGGAAAACGCACACCGAGUCUGUCAAAGAGAUGAAGUCCCAGACAGAGGAGGACCUACGGGAGCCAGAGGGAGACUUGGCAGAAUCCUAAGAUGUUGGUUACUCACUGUAUAUCUGCAAGGCCAGAAUGUGAAGACAAGCCGCAGAACAAAAUGCUGCUGUUGGGACCCUGAGACCAAGAUUGCCAAGCCCUUAAGAUUCAGAGAGUGGGCCGUCCGCUGACUUCAACCUUGGAGAGCAACCCCGACAAUCCUGAGGCUUCACCGGGAGCUAGAGCCAGCUAACAUUUCCUUGUUUCAAGACUGCCUUUGAUUUUUCCCUGGAUACCGUAUGUUUCUGAUGGAAGGUCCUACAUUCAACCUGGAACCGAUGUCGGCAAUACCUAGUUCUCCUUCUCAAACUGGAGCGCCCUUCUAUGUGUUUAUAUGUAUGUCUCCUGUAGUCCUCCUCAUGUACCUAUUGUAUAUUUUUUCCUAAUGUUCAAGCACAUGCCUUUUGUAUUACGCAAUAUAUGAUGGGUGUGCAGCCAUAGUGAAGCCUUGAGAAGCUCCAAGCCUCAACAAUAACCUGUGGCAAACAGAGAAAUAACAUUCCUGAGAGGAAGGUACAAGUUGUUUUAAAGUUCACUGAGGCUUAGGUUUGUGGGUUAGUAGUCCUCUGAAGGGUGGUCAUUUUCCUUCGCACAGGGAGCUCAGAAAUAAAACACCAUUUGGAAACAUCUAGAAUGUCCCAAUAUUACUGUGACUUGUUUCUUUCUAAUCUAGUUCAGGUUGGAAAGCAGUCUCCUUAGUGGCAGAUUAAGCCCCUUUUCUUAGUGACACAGACAGAUGAGCGUGCCUAAGGUCUUGAUACGUUUUCCAUCUUAUGCAGAAGGAAAUCUGUUGUGCUUUUUGAUUGCACUCUUAUAUGCUGGAUCGAAUUCGUGCGCAGAACAAAGUGAGUCCCGUUCUUUAUAAAAUGGUAUUUUGAUAGAUACUGGAGUGUGUCUGUGUUAUAUCAGUGCCCUUUUAAGAACAAUGUUGCAUUAUGUUCAUUUGAAUAAAUUGUGAUUUGACAACUGAUUUGAAUAAAAUAUUUGCUUCACUUAGA